CCCCCGCCCCCUCCAGGAAAUUAGUGCGCAUGUGCCAUUCAUCCGGAAGUUGUCUCAGUGGCUGCCGGAAUAAGGCGGAAAGCCGGAAGUAAACAUUACGAGAUUACCCGAGCUUCUGUCUGAUGGACUUAGGGUCAGGUUCUGCGGGACUGGUAGAGACGGAGUUUCACUAUAUUGACCAGGAUGGUCUCGAUCUCUUGACCUCGUGAUCCACCCACCUCGGCCUCCCAAAGUGCUGGGAUUACAGGCGUGAGCCACCGCGCCCAGCCCUGUUACUGUUAUUAGUUGGACAAAAUAAGCCACUCCACAGCGACGGAAACUAAGGAGGCCAGGUAACCAUGUCAGCCACAGCUGUAGAUGCAGUUAAUGCUGCACCCCUGUCGGGGUCCAAAGAAAUGAGUUUGGAAGAACCAAAGAAGAUGACCAGAGAGGACUGGAGAAAGAAGAAGGAGCUAGAAGAACAGCGAAAAUUGGGUAAUGCUCCUGCAGAAGUUGAUGAAGAAGGAAAAGACAUCAACCCCCAUAUUCCUCAGUAUAUUUCUUCAGUGCCAUGGUAUAUUGAUCCUUCAAAAAGACCUACUUUAAAACACCAGAGACCACAACCAGAGAAACAAAAGCAAUUCAGCUCAUCUGGGGAAUGGUACAAGAGGGGUGUAAAAGAGAAUUCCAUCAUUACUAAGUACCGCAAAGGAGCAUGUGAAAAUUGUGGCGCUAUGACACACAGAAAGAAAGACUGCUUUGAGAGACCUAGGCGAGUUGGAGCCAAAUUUACAGGUACUAAUAUAGCUCCAGAUGAACAUGUCCAGCCUCAACUGAUGUUUGACUAUGAUGGGAAGAGGGAUCGGUGGAAUGGCUACAAUCCAGAAGAACACAUGAAAAUUGUUGAAGAGUAUGCCAAAGUUGAUCUGGCAAAACGAACAUUGAAAGCCCAGAAACUCCAAGAGGAAUUAGCCUCAGGAAAAUUAGUGGAACAGGCUAAUUCUCCAAAACACCAGUGGGGAGAAGAGGAACCAAAUUCUCAGACGGAAAAAGAUCAUAAUAGUGAAGAUGAGGAUGAAGAUAAAUAUGCAGAUGAUAUUGACAUGCCUGGACAGAAUUUUGACUCCAAGAGACGAAUUACUGUCCGGAAUCUCAGGAUUCGAGAAGAUAUUGCAAAAUAUUUGAGGAAUUUAGAUCCAAACUCUGCCUAUUAUGAUCCAAAAACUAGAGCAAUGAGAGAGAAUCCUUAUGCCAAUGCAGGAAAGAAUCCAGAUGAAGUGAGUUAUGCUGGAGAUAACUUUGUUAGGUACACAGGCGAUACCAUUUCAAUGGCUCAGACACAGUUGUUUGCAUGGGAAGCCUAUGACAAGGGAUCUGAAGUGCAUCUACAGGCAGAUCCUACAAAGCUAGAGCUGUUGUAUAAGUCCUUCAAAGUCAAAAAAGAAGAUUUCAAAGAACAGCAGAAAGAAAGCAUCCUGGAAAAGUAUGGUGGCCAAGAACACUUGGAUGCCCCUCCAGCUGAAUUGCUUUUAGCCCAGACUGAAGACUAUGUGGAGUACUCAAGACAUGGGACAGUCAUCAAAGGACAGGAGCGGGCUGUUGCCUGCUCUAAGUAUGAGGAGGAUGUGAAGAUUCACAAUCACACACAUAUCUGGGGAUCGUACUGGAAAGAAGGCCGAUGGGGAUACAAAUGCUGUCACUCUUUUUUCAAGUAUUCCUAUUGUACUGGAGAAGCUGGAAAGGAGAUUGCUAAUUCUGACGAAUGUAUUAUAAAUGAUGUAACUGGGGAAGAAUCUGUGAAAAAACCUCAAACCCUCAUGGAGCUGCAUCAAGAAAAACUAAAAGAAGAAAAGAAGAAGAAAAAGAAAAAGAAGAAGCAUCGAAAGAGCAGUUCAGAUAGUGAUGAUGAAGAAAAGAAGCAUGAAAAAUUGAAAAAGGCACUGAAUGCAGAGGAAGCCCGCCUUCUUCAUGUCAAGGAGACCAUGCAGAUUGAUGAGAGGAAGCGGCCUUACAAUAGCAUAUAUGAAACUCGGGAACCUACUGAAGAGGAAAUGGAGGCCUAUAGAAUGAAACGUCAGAGACCAGAUGAUCCCAUGGCCUCUUUCCUUGGACAGUAGUAACUAGUCAGAAGACCAUCCAAGAUAGAUGCAGCUGAUACAUUCAACAAGAAGAUUCAGCUUCUUGUUGAUGUAGAUAGAAAAAUCCUUGUCUGCUCUUGCUGCCUGGCUUUAAUAAAUCUUUCAGAUGUCUCACAGUAAGUUCACUCCUUUCCAUACUGAAGGAACAAAAAGAAGAAUAAAAAGAAGAGGCACAUGAAGUCUGCUUUUGGGAAUAGAACUCAAAAUUUGAUUAAGAUUUUAUUUCUAGUUUUAUGUGAGUCAUGUAGAAAGAGGCUGUGGCUCUCUACCUAUUAAGAAUGUCUCCUUCUCUACAUUUAUUAAGCUUCAAACUUUAUUGCUUCAAUUUUUGUGCCCUAUAUUAGCAUACUUUGGUUUUGAGAAAAAAGGGGUUUCAUUUCUUUAAAAUAACUACUAGCAACUCUAUGACUACAUUUAUUUUUAUUUCUUUUUUUUUUAAGAAAUAAGAUCUUGCUAUGUUUCCCAGGCUAGACAGCAGUGGCUUUUCACAGACAUGAUCAUAACACACUGCAGUCUUGGGCUCAAGUAAUUCUCUCUCCUUGGCCUCUGGAGUGGACUAAUUGAAUGGAAAACAACUAUUUUCUCAUCAUUGGGUCAAUACUGACUGAUCAAUAGUAGGUCUUUUACCAUUCUGGACAUAAGCCUUUAGAUGUAGAAAUCCUUUCCUUUAUCAUAGAGGAUAUGGUUUGUAAUACCAUUUGUUUUCCUUGUGAUUGCCUUUAUUUAACAAUCAUGAAUAUUAGAUUUUUUAAAUUGUAGAAUAUCCUAAUAUUUAUAGCCAGGAGCUGUUACUUUGUAAAAUUUGCAAAAAAAAAAAAAAAAAACCUAAAGUUGGUUUCCUCAAAGAAUUAUAAGAAUAGUUUGUAGGGAUAUUAGUAAUAGAUUGCUAUGGUCCUGAAGCCUCUUCUUAGAACAUUGUGAAGAUAAUACUGACACAGUGGAAUCAGUGAAAACAGCCUAACAAAACCUCUGACAUGAGUAUAUCAACUUUUUUUUUCUUUUUGAGACAGUCUCACUGUUGCCAGGCUGGAGUAUAGUGGCACAAUCUUAGCUCACUGCAAUCUCUGCCUCCCAGGUUCAAGCGAUUCUCCUGCCUCAACCUCCCAGGUAGCUGGGAUUACAGGCAUGUGCCACCAUACCCAGCUAAUUUUUGUAUUUUUUAGUAGAGACGGGGUUUCAUCAUGUUGGCCAGGAUGGUCUUGAUCUCCUGAUCUCAUGAUCCACCUGCCCUGGCCUCCCAAAGUGCUGGGAUUACAGGCGUGAGCCACAACGCCUGGCAAAUAUAUCAACUUUUAACAGCUCACUGGCUUUUCUAAACUACCAAAAUCUACCUGUAGGAUACUGCAUUAAGUCAGAAUCUCAGAAAUGGCAGUGUAAGAGUAACUGAAUCAAAUUGUCAAGCACUUUGGAUAUACGUGGUUUCUAGCUUUAGAUUGCUAUGAAAUUAAACAGCAGUGCAAGUAGACUUAAUCUUACUUUAAGAAUGCAACAAAUUUUCAUAUUCCUACCUAAACAGGGUGGUUCCACAUAAAGGCUGACUUUGUUGCGUCUGUUUUGUAUUUUAUAUUUUGUUAAAGAUAUAUAAAUGACAAUACUUAACUGUGA